AUGGGUCCAUUUACCUCUACAGAGUCAAACCAAGAGGCAGUGAGGGAGUACUUUCAGGUCAGCGAGGAUCUCGCUGUCAAGGUCUUCGAGCGGUGGCGGGACUUUUGCCAGGAGAUGCCGUGGGACCACAACGGGAACAUCCUGCCGAAAUGGGCCCAGAGGUUACAGAACAGGGCCAAGUUCAACGGCAAGGAGCGGGAUUUUGACCACCACGAAUUCUCCAGACGCUGGACUGCCUUCACUGCCCCAAUGUCCUUUGAAAGAUUCUUAUCAGAUGCUAUUCGUGUGUGGAAGCUUGGUUUCCCGAAUCGGUGGCUGAUCAUUUCCCUGGCAGAGUUGCUUACAAUUAUUUGCAUCUCGCGUCACUCCUUCUGGACAAGCAUAUGGACUACGAUAAUCGUCUUCCUGCUUUUGGUUGACUUAGUGGUCACGGAAAACAUGCACACGACGACUUCCAUAUUUCAACUUAUGGAAGGUGGCCUGCAGUCUAUUUCGGUGCAACAGAAGCCACCGGAAGACACGAUAGUGGGAGAAACCGAGAGUCCCGCACCGGGGAGCAGCCCAGAAAAUGGACUUCACCAGCAAGGCAGUGGAGAAGCAGCCCCUCAGCUACAGGGCAUCAGUGCCGCCGCGUCCAAGCAGAGUCCGAUUGGCAUUAGACAGGCCAUGGACGGCGACGACGGGGAUGAUUGCUGGGGUAUCAUGGACGACGAGGCUGACUGGGAUACGGGUUCUCGCUCGCCCGUACGCCCGGAUACGAACUCUACAGAGAAGGAAGUCUUCAACAGACGCAAGUCACGGAACCCAUACCCCGAAGAGAAGCCGGAUUGA